GGGGCCGGGGCCGGCGAGCGGCGGCGGGUCUCGGUGCGCGCGGGUGGGGAGGCCGCGGUGGUCUCUGUGCAUUGAAUCAGAAUCAUGGGAUUGUUUGAUAAGCUAGCAGGAUGGCUUGGCCUGAAGAAGAAGGAGGUUCAUGUUUUGUGCCUUGGGUUGGACAAUAGUGGCAAAACAACUAUCAUUAAUAAACUUAAACCUUCAAAUGCUCAAACUCAAGACAUAGUUCCAACAAUAGGAUUCAGUAUAGAAAAAUUCAAGACAUCCAGUUUGUCUUUCACAGUGUUUGACAUGUCAGGUCAAGGCAGAUACAGAAACCUGUGGGAACAUUACUACAAAGAAGGCCAGGCCAUUAUUUUUGUCAUUGAUAGCAGUGAUAAAUUAAGAAUGGUUGUGGCCAAAGAAGAACUUGACACCCUCCUGAAUCAUCCAGAUAUCAAACACCGUAGAAUACCUAUCUUGUUCUUUGCUAACAAGAUGGACCUCAGGGAUGCGGUAUCAUCUGUGAAAGUCUCUCAGUUACUGUCUUUAGAGAACAUCAAAGAUAAACCAUGGCAUAUCUGUGCUAGUGAUGCGCUUAAAGGAGAAGGGUUACAAGAAGGUGUAGAUUGGCUCCAAGAUCAAAUCACACAAUCAGAUCCAAGCAAUGAAGACAUGAGAGGCCAGUAAGAUAAAAGACCAGUCAUACAUUAACUUUGGCAGUAGAUGUACAAGCCCCUGGAACAGGAAGGAAGACCUAAAACAAACAAACAAAAAAACCUAAAUACAGUGAAUUCUGUUGUUUCCUUUCAUUAUCUUUUACAAGGGCCCAAGAGGAGUAAGCUUUUUAGAAAAUGUAGUGCCUCAGGUAUGUACAUAUAUGAAUUAAAUUAAAUCUUUGCUAAGUCUGGAGAAAAUACUAAAUUAACACACUGUUAAUAAAUAAUCAUCUGCACUUCAUUUAAGUUUUAUUGUGAAAUACAAUUUAAGCAUAUAAUAUGUCAUUUAAAUAUCCAGAUUUUCAAAGUUACUAAUGAUUUCUGUGUGCCUGCAUAAUUUUUUGGGUGUCCAAAGUUGAGAUACCUUUUAAAGAAGACUUUUUCAGGAUGUGGAUGUGCAGCAGUUCUUGAAAAGUCGGUUCCCGUAAGGUGUCUCAAGAAGGUCACUCAAAAUCAGUAGUCACUUCUGAAAAUCUUGUCCCCUGCUUUUUAAAGUAUUUUUGUAACAUUGCAGGUUAAAAUGUGGUAUGUGUUUUGUUAUAAAUGAUUGCAGAUGUUUUUAAGGAAUUGCUCAUAUUGUAAUGUAUGGUUAUAUUGUAAUGUAACAGCUGUACACACAUUCCUAUCAAUAAAAUAUAAGAUAUACAACA